ACUGCCCAAUUAUUACAAUUCCAGAAUAAAAAUGUUAUUUCCUUUUAUUCCAAUAAUAUUUAAUGCAUUCAUGUGUUACACAUUGUAACCCCCUUCCCCAAUUCAUGGCAAUCUAUUUCUUGUCUCCCAUUUUUUUUUUCAAAUUUCAAAUCAUUCUUCUCCCUCAUAAUAAAUUCUUUCUCUCCCUUGUGAAAACAUUUCUUGAAAAAGCCAAAACACACACUCACACAAAAAGACUAUUUCUCGUGACAAAGAAACACAAAAAAACAUAACAGCCAUGGCUUCACAGUGGACAAUACCAAAACUUGUCACUUGGAGAGUCAAAGAUUGGGCUUCCUGUUUCUUGGCUUGCAAGAUUCCUCUAGACGUAGAUGAAGAUGGAGUUAAUAACAAUGGAAACACUACGAACAACAAUAAUCUAACGUUCAAGAGGAUUAAGAGGAAGAUAAAGAGUACUAAGAAGAAGAGAUCAGAGAGGAAACUCAGUCUAAGCCCACCGGGUACACGUCAUCAUCAUCUUCAUCUAAGAAGCAGUAGCGUUUCUCCGACGACGUCGGCGUCUCAACACCGGCGCUUGAGCUGGCCUCAGCCACCUGUCUCAGAAGAAUCUGGUUUCAUUGUCUUCUGCUUCGAUCGCGAAGAUGGAGGAUUUGAUGUGGUUAAAGAGGGUAAACAAGAGAGGAAAGAGACCGAAUUGUCGUCGGAAAAGUCACCGAGGACGGUGAAUCGUAAGCUUGUAUAUGGAGGAGACCAAGGAGUAGGAGAAACAGAAAAGAAUAAGUCGCCGGAGAAUAAAGGAACAGAACAAGAUCAGAACAAUAACACUUCAUGUCAAGAAACUAAAGAUGUCUCUUGUGAUGUUACACAAAAAACCGAAGUAGAAGAAGAAGACAUUGAUGCCUCUGAUAAAUCUAGCGGGUCUAGUCACUCAGAUGAAGGAAGGGGAUCUUUUGCAUUUCCCAUAUUAGGAGUAGAGUGGAUGGGGAGCCCUGUUAAGAUGCCUGAAUCAGAUGACUUGUCUCCCAAGAAACAAAAGCCGGUUGCUUUAGGGUUCCAAUGCUGUAGAUUCUGAAAAAGAUAACAUUCUACAAGUUUAUCCAAUUCUUUUGUUUUACUCUGUUUCUGACUUCUGAGUAAAGAAACACUCUUAAAGGACAGAUUAUCUACAAUCUUGAUAAGACAAACUGAUAUGAAAUCAUCAGUAUCCUCAUGUCUUGAUGGUUACACAUAUCUAUGUAUAUCUGUUCUCAAAUUUGAAUGUAUGUCUAAAGAAGAAAACUUGGUGUAAAUUAGUGCCAAAAGAUAUGUGACUACAAGUAAGAAUCACAGCUUCAACAUACACUAUUGUUUUUUCCAGAAAACAUUGGAGAUAUGAAACUUGAAAACUUUU